AUGAGAGUCCCUUACAUCCCUAAUCCUCCUCCGACUUCUUCCCCAGAAGAAGAGGCAAUCGUCGCUGCAAUUGCGGCCCGCCGUCAUCCCCGCCCCAUACAACCCCUCGAUUUGGCACUACUGCAUUCCCCUCACGUCGCCGCUGGCUGGAACACUUUCGUCGGCGCCGUCCGCACAAAGACGUCAUUGGCAGAUGAUCUGCGAGAACUUGCCAUCUGCCGCAUUGCCGUCGUGAACAGGGCUUGGUAUGAGUGGAUGCACCAUGCGCCCUUGGCUAUCAAUAGCGGUCUCUCAUCAGAGUCGAUGAACGAGAUCAUGAAGGAGGGGGUUUUGUCGCGGAUUGAGAGACCAGAAGGCCUCAAUGAGAAAAAAUGGGCUGUUUGUGUCGUGGCUGAUGAGAUGACGAGGAAUGUUCAGGUCAAGGAUGAGACAUUUGAGUGGCUUAAGUCGCUUGCCAGCGAUCAAGAGGUAGUUGAGGUUGUCGCAACAGUUGCAUGUUAUAACUGUGUCAGCCGUUUUCUUGUAGCAUUAGAUGUUGGUGAGAGAAACAAGACUGUUCCAGAACCUCUAGCAAAGCAAGUGUAG